AUGCAUUCACCAUCCUACAAUCCACGCUGGCCUCGGAAGAAGACCUACUCGAUUGUAGUAGGUGUGGCCAUUGCCAGCAUACUCCUCAUAUUUGCCUACCGCUCACCUUCAGUAUCCUUGCGAGGCAUCGUAUCUACCUCUUCCGAUGACCCUUACUCGCCACAUGCGAAGGCCACUUAUACGAAACCUACACAUCUAUCUUCUUCAAAGACCUCAGCGCAAAACCCUUCAUCAUCAUCGGUCUUCGACAUUCCCGCCGGUCUCUAUGAACUCAUUGAGCCCCACUUUCAUUCAAUUACGGCGCAAAACUUCACCAGUCGCACUGGCAAGGUGUUCCAGCUCCCCAAAGCUGCCAGGUUCACGAAGCCGCUCGGAAAGCAGAUCCUCAUCAUGGAUGUCGAGAGUCGCGAUAUCAGUGGCCCCGGUGGUCUUCUUGAUGAUAGCGCGCCCAAGACCGGUGACAUGCAAGGUCUCACUUUGGGCCGACUGAAUCACUAUAUGUUUGCUAUGCUUCACGGAUAUGAUUACCAACUUGUGCAACUCCCCGAGGACCCCACGCUGCACGGAACAUGGAACAAGGUUCCUGCGAUGCGUGAGGCCAUUAAGCACUACGAAUAUGUUGUCUUCCUUGAUGGCGAUGCCAUCUUCACCCACCUUCAUCUGCCUCUUGAAUGGCUCCUCAACUACUGGGGCAUCACCAACGACACCACCAUGGCCUUGGCCGAGGAUCCCAAUGAUCCCUUCUUCCUCAACGUCAAAAAGCUCAACAUCAAUUUGAACACCGGAUUCGUCAUCGCUCACCAGACCCCAAAGAGUGAAGAAUUCUUCGACGCAUGGAUGACUUGUCCCGACGAGCAUCGGUACCCGGGCUGCGCCAUGUGGAAAUUGACACACACCCACGAACAGGCCGUCGUCAAUGAGUACCUUCGAUACGACUACCCCGAGCAGCUCCACAUCCUCCCUUGCAACGAAGCAAACCGCUACAUGAACUCUGGUGAUUGCGAGGGUGAAUUCAUCGGACACUAUUGGCCAUACAAGGAGGAGCUGCCAGGCGGUGUGAAAGAGGUCAUGGACCAGUACUUCUGGCCACCUCUCCAGAAGGGCUACUCUCACGACCGUGACCACAUCGUCAAGUCCAUGAAGGGCCCGAAAGAUCCAUGA